CUCUCUCAUUCCUGCAGGAAAAGAAAACUAAUUGCAGCUUAUGACCUAGAAACAGUGCGUCAAACAGUGGCAUCAAGUUCUAAAAAUACUAGGUGUCUCAGCAGGGAUAUACAGUGGAAACCUGCCAGACACAACCAUCAAGACGUUGGCCACCCAAUAUCACUAUUGUCCUAGCUAUUGUAGGAAGACAGAAUUGACUACGGUAUCAAAGCACAUUGGCUAAGAACAAAUGGAGCACCCCAGAAAAUGGAUCUCAAGGGAGACAGCACUCCUUCAGAUCAAUUGUGUGGAGAGGGACAGAAUUUGUCAUCAGUUCCACCCAGCAGUGUGUCACACUUCACACUUCCCCACAAUGAGGUUGGCAACCACAGCUCUUGGACAAAUGGACCAACUGUUAUCAAUGCGGAGGACAGCAAUAUCACAGUAACUUCACAUGACAAUACCAGCAGCUCAGCUCCACCUGAACGUUUGGUUCCCACCACACUUAGUUCCUUAAACACCAGAACAUCCCAGAGUACAGACCGGGUCACCAAUAUUAGCAGUGGCAUUCCUUCGCUUCCUACUCCAACUUCAAAACUAGUGGAAACCAACCAGUCUAUUCUGAAUGAUACCAAAUCCGCCAAUAUCACAUCUUGGGAUACCUCCAGCCUUAACUUCACAGCUACAGUGGUCUCUCAAUCUGAGAUGCAAGGACCAACAGCUGCUCCCCAGGUGGCAUCUUCAACAAUCAGCACCUUGAGACCUACAACAAGGAGACAGGAAAUCACACCAGUAAGAGACCAUGAAGCUAUCACAGAUGAAAACACUAUCAAAUCCACAUCAGCUUCAACUGCUGCUGAUAGAAGAGUGCUCACAGAUCCAACCACCACCAUCACAUUAACACCUGGUAGUGGCUCCUCCACACGGAUAACCCACAGUGUCACAUCAGUAGAAACAGAGCAACCAGUUAAACAUGUACAAAAGGCGGCUGUAUCUGAUAUGGGAGAUGAUGGUGAAGAUCUGCCCAGUGUGCUGGAACCUGCCCCGGUAGGGGAGGAUCCAUUGGUGAUUGCUGUCAUCUUCAUCUUCACUGUUACAGUAGGGAUUGUGGCUCUUAUGGGUUUCUUGCGGUAUCGUCAGCACAGUGGUCGUUUACAGUUUCGACGACUUCAGGAUUUGCCCAUGGAUGACAUGAUGGAGGAUACACCUCUCUCUCUCUACAGCUACUAAGCAACUUGAACACAAUUUUUGUAUUCUUCUAAAUCAAAAGAGGCCCAAAUGUGGCAAAGGAUCUCAACUGGGAAGAGACUCCCCUCCAAGAUUUGCAAGCUGCUAUGCUGAUUUGUAUAUGACUUGCAACUUGCGAGCCAGCAAACUAUGCCAUAAGGAGAACUUUUUAUUCAUAUUUUUGAGAACUGAAGCCAACCUGACCUCUCCCUGUUACCUUUGUACUUUCUGUGCUUGGAGGCAAACAGCUCUGUGAAAAAUUUUCACAGGCUCCCAUCAGGUGACUGAACUAAUUCAUUAAUGCCAAGGGAGAUCUUGACUGGAUUUCAAGCAGCUGCAUUUCAGGACUCUUACACAAGAAGAAAGUGAAGCAAGCCAGCCCAUUGCGAGUAUUAAUUUGUGACUAGACAUCUAACAAACUAUAACUUAGAAACAUUGUUGGUUCCUUUCUUGAACUUAAUUUUGUUUUAACUGCACUUCUAUUUUGACUUUUAAUCUACAGGAGCCAAAGAGGUUUCAAAGGAAAAGGCAGGAAAAUGGAAAAUGAUUCUUCCCAUAAGAGCCCUUCUGAUCAGACCAAAGGUCCAUUUAAUCUAGCAUCUUAUCCUUCACAGAAGUCAGCCAGAUGCCUCUGAAACACUCAAACAGGGAUUGAAGACAAUCAUCAUCUACUGGCUGUAGUCUAGCAAAUGGUAUUUAGUGACAUGUUGGACAGUUUGACUAUUCUUGAAGCACUUCCUCUUAACACUGUUACACAGAGUUCACAGUGAAGUGAAAGGUAGCUGUGAUUUGAACAACACUGGCUUAAAGAAGCAGUUUAUUCUGCGUUUCCCUAGCAAAUUGUGCUGCUGUGUUAAGCACUAAGCCACAGCACAUGAGAUGCCCACUAAUUAUUCCAUAUCCAGUCCUUAAGUAUACAAGCCCAGGUCCAGGCCUGUCAAGCAGUGUUUUAACCCCCAGCCCAAGCAAAGCGGCUCUGUUUUAGAACUCUGUAUCUUUGCCACUAGAAAAUGGAUCUAGAUGUCCCUGCUGCUUACUUGCUAUCUAGCUUGGCACUUGCACAGUUCUGGGUAGUAAGAAGAGUCUUAGGUUGGAUCUUUACAGUUACCUGCCCCUGGGACUAUUCACUCACAAAGCUUUCAUUCUCCACCUGUUUUUCCUCCCCCUUACAUACCUUAUCGCAUUGGCCCCCAAUUUAUUUGGGCUACCACCUUUUUUCCUCUUGAGAGACAACUUUACUGCCUCGCCAUGCUUAUUUUUUGAUAUUAGGUAUACUGUACUGCAAAUUACAAACAACCAAUCUCAGUCAUUACUCCCUUUGCAUUAAAUCACCUUGGGGAACUGACCGAUUGGCUGAGCAGUGACUGAGAAGCCUCUUGCCUAUGCAGUAAAGGAUAACAUGGUUGAGAAGCCUCUUGGUCGCUGCUCCCUUUGCACUUGGUCCCCUGGGAACAGCAACUGAGCAACUGGUAAAUAUUGACCAAGAGGACUUUGCUAAAAGGCUGGCAUGAGUGAGAGGCUUCUCAGUCACUGCUUACCAGCUGCUCAGUUGCUGUUCCCAGCGGACCAAGUGCAAAGGGAGCAGUGCCAAAGAGGCCUCUCACCCAAGUUGGCCUUUACUGCAAAGCUAGCAUAGGCAAGAGGCCUCUUGUUUGCUGCUUAGUGAAUAUAUAUAAACCUAAUAUAUAUAAACAUGGUGAGGCACUAA